UUGCAUUGAAAAAGAGGAAGGAAGAAAAAUGCCAUGUGGUGAGCUCAGAGAUCUGCACAUGGCUUUCCUCUAAUUUCUAUGCUCCAUGAAACUGUAACCCAAUCCACUCAUUCACUUAAAACCCUAAACUCUUCAUCUGUUAAACAACACAAUUGGGUUUUUUCCCCCCUUAUUACUUUACCCAUUUGUCCACACACUAAACUUUCCAUUCCUACCAUUUUUUUUUUUUUGUUUAUCAGCUUUAUCCCCUUUUUUCACAUUCUCUUCUCUAUUCUCAUUAUACCCAUUUCUCUAUUUCAUCAAUUCUUCAUAAAGCUUCAACCUUUUUAUUUUCAUCUUUCUUGGUUCAACACUUUCAGGCAGUCACAAAAGCUUCACUUUUUUUUUUUUUUUUUAAGAAUACUAAUUUUUUCCUUUUCAAACAAUUAAUACUAAUUACCAAUUAGCUAAUCCCUUCCCCUUUUCCUUUCUUGAGUCUAUGAAGUUGAAAAUCAAAGUUGAGAAUCAAAUGGCCAAUACACUUCCUUUGAGAAAACCAUCAUCAUGGUGUAUUGUUCUAACUUUUUUUCUCCUCUGUUUGGGUUUUUGGGGGUUUAGGUUCUUCUCCUCUUUUUUAUUUACUUCCAUAGCUCUGAUUAUGUCCAUGCUUUAUUUCUCAAUCUCCAAAAGGAACUCACUACCUAUUCGGAAAUUUGUACAAGAAGAAGAAGAAGAAGAAGAAGAAGAAGAUCAGAAACAACUGACCUUUUUUUCUGAUCACUUGAAAUCGUCGUCGGCGUCAGCUCCAACGAUCGAAGACUUGCUGUCGGAAAGUGAAUGUGCCGAUGAUAAUUUCACGACCACCGAGGAAUCUGAAGUGGAGUGGCCGUAUUUUGACCAUCGGUUCAAUAAAACCAGAAACCCGCACCGGUCUGAUGACGGUUCGAUUUCCGACGAGGAAAGUUUGAUUGAAAUCGCUCUCCCGACUGGACAUUACGUCAGCCGUAAGUUUGAUGACGUCGACGAGGACGAGGACGACAUAUCGUUUCGUUACCAGAAACUGACGGAUUUUCAAAGGAAGAAUCUUGUGGAGGUGUUGGCUGAAAUUAACGACAUCAAUGAGGAGGAAAAUUUGAUCGAAAUCGACAUAUCAAUGGGCUCCAUUAAAUAUUCAAGGUUCGAAAUUGAAGCUUAAAACAAAAAUACCCAAAUUAAUAACAAUAAUAAUAAAAAAUGAUAUUUACUGUAAAUUCGUUUUUCAUUUUUCUUUUAUGAUCUAAAUUAGUUUUAUUUUUGUGGGUUUCAUGUUGUUAAUCACUGUUUACAGUUUUUGCAAUCAAUAGUUGAAGAGAAAAAAUAAAUCUGAGUUCCUUCUGUUACAAACUUUGGACGAACUUUUACUUUUCUUUUUGCCUUUUUCUUUUUUCCCUCAGUUAAAAAGCAUCAUAGUGCUAUA